ACUGUCGUGUUUCAGUGCAGUCAGUGUGACAGCGAGCCAGCGGUGGAGAUGUCGGAUGACGACUCGAGGGCCAGCACCAGCUCCUCCUCGUCUUCAAGUUCUUCACAAGCAGCCGAGAAAGAGACCAACAACAACAACACUAUCACCGCCACCAGUACCGGCAGUAGCAACAACAGCAGCGGCGGCAGCGGCGGAGGCAGCAAGAGGAAAAGAGAAGCGAAGAACAACACCAUGAGCAAGAACCCCAAGCUACUCACCACCAGCGCCAAAAGGAUCCAGAAGGAGCUGGCUGAUAUCACGUUGGAUCCACCACCGAACUGCAGUGCUGGACCAAAAGGCGAUAAUGUUUAUGAAUGGAGGUCAACGAUCCUGGGGCCCCCUGGGUCAGUUUAUGAAGGUGGUGUGUUCUUCCUUGACAUCGUAUUUUCAGCAGAAUAUCCUUUUAAACCACCCAAGGUGACUUUCCGAACAAGGAUCUAUCAUUGCAAUAUCAACAGUCAAGGAGUGAUCUGUCUGGAUAUUCUGAAGGAUAACUGGAGCCCAGCACUGACCAUCUCCAAGGUUCUUCUGUCAAUUUGUUCUCUUCUAACAGAUUGCAAUCCUGCGGACCCUUUGGUUGGGAGCAUAGCCACGCAGUAUAUGACUAACAGGGCUGAACAUGACAGAAUAGCAAGACAGUGGACCAAGAAAUACGCCACAUAAACUGGAUGGUUACCAGUCCUACCGACAUUUGUCUCUGAUGGAAAUGAGCUGCUUCUUGUUGAAUUGAAAAGGGGAAUGGGUUGGGGUGAAGGGGAGGGGAGGGGAAUGGGACAAGCAUUCCUAUAACAGGUUUUAAAUGCAACAGUCUUUUAUUUGCAUAAGUCUAGUCAGAACUCUUGAUGAGCUUUGUUAUUGUAGCUUGAACAAUAAACUAUUGAUAUCUGACAGUAGAUAGGAAAUUCACAUGGAAAAGGUUGAAGAUUAUGAAUGAUGGGUCAUGCAUGGCCCAGAUUUGUUACUGAAAUAUUAAGUGAUACCUCUUUGCUGGUUUAAGUUUUAGUUGUCUGUGUUCACUGUGUACGGUCAAAGUUUGAAAAUGCUUGUAAUGCCAGUCAAACUUGCAGGGGUUGAAACUGUUGAAAAAUGUAAGGGAAAGCCAUGUUAGAGACUUCCAGCAUUUUUUAAAACCCGAGUAGAAUGAUGACCAGAUACAACAGGACUGUCUUUAUUCAGGGAAUAAGGAAUGAAUUGGCAGAAUAUUUGUAAUUACAGGGAACAGGUUUUAUUUUGCAGGGAGUGUGGGAGUGAAGUCCAAAAUCCUUUUAAGUAACUGUUUUGCCUUAUUUGAAUUUAGAGUCUCAAUUCAAUGUAUUUUGUGGGUUAUGUAAUAGGGCAGUUUUUUUUUACUUUAAUAUUAUACAGCAUUAGGUCCUGCUUAAAAUUUACAAAAUGAUCAAACGUGUAAACUUAAAACAAAUUGAUUGAGGGCUUUAAGCCCCUGAUUGUUUCAAAUUCUACAUUACCUGUAUCAAAACACAGUUGUGUCAGUGGUCAUGCUUUAGUCAGAUGAGAGUAUUGUAUUAAAAUAUCUAUGGCUGCUUUUUUGAUGCAGAGAAUUCGCAAAAAGAAAAAAACUGCAUCUUAAUUUUGAUGUUUUGUUAUAACUUUAGACAAUAUUAGAACUUGAGGAUGAACUGUUUGAAAUACUUUUAAGUUCUAUCAGUUAUUGUUAAGACUUCAUUGGCCCCUUUCCUAUUACAAAUUCAAAGAAUGUUGAUCUCUACCAAAGUUGUACAGCCACUGGUCUGUAACCACUGUAAUUGCUACAGUUUUCUUUGGAAAGUUAAAUUUAAAAUGUCAGUUUGUCGGAAAUCACACAUUGUAAUUAAAAACACUGAUCAUGAAACUUUAUUUAAUGAGCAAUAGUUGAAAAAUCACAAUAGUUUUUACUUAAUUUUGGUUUGUCAGCUGUUUGUGGCAAUGGAGGGGAUGUAUAGCUUUUGUACAAAGCAGUGUGGGGUUCCUGCUAUCACAGGAUGUUUUUGUAUGACUGUGUGCAUUAAGUUGACAAAGAUCAAAACAGUAAACAAUUGAGCUUCUGCGA